CUUGCAGCAGCCAAUAGCAGCCUCUGACCUCAUAUGAAAUGUCUGUGUGCGAGACCUGGUCUGCAUUGCCAUAAUGGAUCUAGCAGCGGCUGUGUUUAUCUUCAGCCUUCUGUUCACUGCCUCAGACUCUGCCCUCUCUUUGAAGUCAAGAAACUGGGAUGUCUACAGCUUUCACAUCAACUCCACAGUAACCAGUCGCUAUGCUAUCACAGUUAUCACAAGUCGUGUGGCGAACACCCGUGACGACUCUAAUGAGAUUGACUUCCAUGUGAAGAUCCCCAAAACCGCCUUUAUCAGCAAAUUUAGAAUGACUAUUGAUGGGCAGACAUACGAUGGGGUUGUUAAACAGAAAGAGGAGGCCCAGCAGCAGUACAGUCAGGCUGUCUCACGAGGCCAAAGUGCCGGACUUGUCAGUUCGGUGGGCAGGACUUUAGAGGACUUCAAAACAUCUGUGACUAUCGCCGCUCAUAGCAAGGUGACCUUUGAACUCACCUAUGAAGAACUGCUCCAUCGUCGUCUUGGCAAAUAUGAGUUGCUGAUCAAUGUCCAACCUGGUCAAAUUGUCAAAGACUUUAAGAUUGAUGUAAACAUUUAUGAGAAGCCUGGAAUAAACUUUUUGGAAGUUAAGGGCUCCUUGGGUGAGAAAGGCUUGGCCAAUGCCAUCACAACCACACGUGCUGACAAACAGGCAUGGGUAAGUUUCUACCCCACUCAUGGACAGCAAAUGGAUUGUGAUGGUUGUGGAGAGACAGGACUUAAGGGAGAUUUGAAAAUUCUUUAUGAUGUUGACAGACCACGGUCCCAAGGUGAUGUAACGGAACAUGGCGGCUACUUUGUUCAUUUCUUUGCACCAGCUGACCUUGCACGUAUCCCCAAAAAUGUGGUCUUCAUUAUUGAUCAGAGUGGCUCUAUGCAUGGAAAGAAAAUUGCUCAGACUCGAGGGGCUUUACUGAAGAUUCUGGAUGACUUAGCUGAAGAUGACUAUUUUGGUCUCAUCCUAUUCAAUAGCAAUGUAUCUCCAUGGAAACGCGAACUCCUCCAAGCCACCCAAACUAAUUUGGAGAUGGCAAAACAGUUUGUCAAAGGGAUUGCAGAUCAUGGUGCAACAGACAUCAACGCUGCUGUGCUGAAAGGAGUAGAGAUGAUUCAGCAACACCCCAGGAACGGCUCAGCCUCCAUUCUCAUACUGCUAACAGAUGGAGAUCCCACAUCAGGAGAAACUAAUCAAGGGAAAAUCCAGUCUAAUGUGAGAAAGGCCAUUGGGAAGAAGUUUCCUCUGUACUGCCUUGGAUUUGGGUUUGAUGUGAACUUUGAGUUCCUGCAGAAGAUGGCCCAGGAGAACAGUGGUCUGGCACGCAGGAUCUACGAGGACUCAGACGCAGCUCAACAGCUCAAGGGUUUCUAUGAAGAGGUGGCAACUCCUCUCUUAACAAGUGUGCAGAUGAACUACACGGGUGCUACAAACCUGACCCAAACCACCUUCAGCUAUUACUACAAUGGCUCGGAGAUUGUAGUUGCUGGAAAGAUCCUUGACAACAACAUAGAUGACUUCAAUACAGAUGUUAUAGCAAUAUCAAAACAUCACAUGGUGAAAUACAGUGAUAUCAAGGCCACUAAAGCGGACAAACUGCCUGCAGUGAUGAGUGGUUUUGAGAACUUCCUCCAGAGACUCUGGGCCUGCCUCACCGUGAAACAGCUUCUGGAGAAGGAGUUGAUACUGACCGGCGAGGAGAAGGAGGCAGUGAAGAAGGAGGCCCUUGAUCUCUCUCUCAAGUACAGUUUUGUGACCCCACUCACCUCUAUGGUGGUCACCAAACCCGAGGGCGAGGACUCUCAGGUGGCCAACAAACCCAAAGAGGGAGAGAAGCCUGCUGUCCAUUCUACCAGGAUGUUUUCCCAACCCUCAAGGGCAACCGCCAGUCACAAAACUCUUUCUGGCAGGAUCCUUAAACGUCUUAGAAUAUCUAGUCCUGAUUAUGGUGCAUUUCAUCCACCUAUAAUGUAUGGGUCAAUUGGAUACAGUAUCAACCACAAGCGAUUGCCAGUCCUCCCGGAGUCUGAUUAUGAAGACCUUACAUCAUUAAUGCUACAGGCAACUGCAAUACCAGUCCCAAAGGGAGCUGGUUUAUCUCCACCACCAACUGUAAUAUCAGUACGGAAGCCUGUGAGGUUCUUGAUGGCUGCCGAGGGCCAGUCUCUGCCACUCUGCUUUGACAUCCCAGCAGGCCAUUCUGUCAAACUGCUGCAGGACUCUGCAUCUGGAUUCUCCAUGAACGGACAGCUCAUGUCAGAAGGAGGCAAUGGUUUCCAGAAGAUCAUUAUUCGUGUUAAUGCUGACAAGCACAUUGAGUUUGACACCAAUAAGAUCACCAUCAAAGAUGGACAGUACAUGCAAUCGUUCAUGUGGACAGACAGUAACACAGACCACACUACAGAUAGCAUGAUAGUGAUCAUACGGGACAGUGAAGCGGAUAUCACCAUGACAAAUAUCCGUGUUGUCAUUCUGCUUCAUCAGCAAGAUGGAAAACACUUCCUUUGGCCGGCAAUUAGAAAACGUCCAUUAGAAAAUGAAAUCCCUGGCAUCAUGGGUAAACUACUAGUUGCAUAUGAGGAAGUCAACCCCACAAAGCUGAGAAUUCAUGGUGUGGAGGUGAAUGCUUCCAGUGAUUCAGCUGGGGACUACAGUAUCAAGGCUGUGCCCAGAGUGAAAUGCCAACUUGUCGAUCUGAAAUCUGCUCUGCAGGGGGAGCUGUCUGACUUCACAGUCCCUCAACUGUAAAUGAAAAACAAAAAUAAUGAUAAUAAUAAUAACAAUAAUACAAUAUCCAUACAGUAUAUGUGUGAUAUCAGCAUUUUAAUUGAAACACUAUAGUCAUAUCACUUUAAAGAAACAAUAAAUCAGUUGUGCAUAUUCAUGCUGAAUGAUGCUGUUUUAUCCUACAACAAUGGUGACUCAUAGUAGUGUAUGUGUAGUCGUAAAGCUAUUAUCCUAUAGUUGAAAAGCUAUUAUCACAUGAGUUCCUCUUGUAGUUUGUACUACAAGAUUGUGUAUUGUUGUAUGAAUAUAUUAGAUAGUUGACUAGUAGGCUAGCACUUGUAGGGUGCCAUAUAAUUUUAAACUACCGGCAAAAUACUGUCAGUGAAUUAGUGGUAGACAGUGGAGUAUUUUUCUCUUGUGGAAUUUUUGGAAAGGUUUGUGCAUUUGUAAUGAAAAUAAAUAAAUGUUAUAUAUAAAAUAUAUACCAGUAAAUGAAAUGUAUAAA